CAGAAGAAUUUCCAGAAUGAGUCAAGCUGAGGAAAGCAGUGGGAACUCAGCAUGGAAUAUUGUGAGGUCAGUAGUCUGCAUAAUACUGGCCUUGUCAUUUAUAAUUGGCACUCCUGGGAACUGCAUUGUCAUCUGGACUGUUUGUACAAAAAUUAAGAAAAUAUCUCUUUCAGUCCUGCUGAUCUUGAACCUGGCCAUUGCUGAUGUCCUUGUACUGAUCACUUUACCAAUCUGGAUUUACUCUUUUGUUGACUCAUGGGUUUUUGGAAUCAUCUUCUGCAAAGUGCUGGUUUUCAUUAUUUACUGCAGCAUGUAUGCCAGUAUAUUUCUGAUUACAGCACUCAGCUUGGAGCGGCUACUGGCUGUGUUUUACCCUUUCACAAUUCAAACCUACAGAAGAAAAGAAAAAAUUUCUUUAAUUGUGUUCCUCAUUUGGUUUCUGUCUGUUGCCUUUGGCAUUUCUGUCAUUCCAUUUCAAGAGACAGAAGAAAUGGACGGUCGGCUUCUGUGCACGUGUCGCAACUACUCUUCUAAUAGACAGAAAGUGUCCUAUCUUCUGCUGGAGACCCUUGCAGGUUUUGUAAUCCCUUUCUUAAUUAUUUGCACUUGUUAUGUGUGUGUUGCAAGAAGAAUAAGCAGAAUGACUUACCAAUCCAAGCAGCGAUCGGAACGUCUCAUUGCCAGCGUCGUGGUGGCUUUCAUUCUGUGCUGGUUCCCUCACCACAUCUUUAACAUCCUGGAUGUCAUUUCUGUUGAAAUAGAGCUCUCGAAUGAGGAGAUGUCUUCGGCACUGGAAGAAAUUGUAGACAAAGGAGCAUACAUCUCUGGAGCACUUGUAUUCAUCAGUAGCUGUAUUAACCCUCUGCUUUAUGCUUUUGCUGCACGAAGGUUUCAGAACCACCUGAGGUUUGCCAAGAUGUCAAAGCUGUUUGAACAGAUCAGUCAGACUGUAACAGAGGAAGACAAGAAAAGAAAUCUGGUUGUAGCCAAACAUGAAGAUACUUUGGUAGGCACAGAAAAUCUCUAACAAGGAACUCAGUGAAUAAUCUGUGUCAUUUCUUCAGCAGUCCUUUCUCCUCAUUCUCUCAGUUUCAUUUACUGAGCAGUCCAGGGAAAGCUGUAAAGAAAGAAAAGCCUUUUGGGUUUUUUUCUUGUGUGUUUUAUAAGAAUUGGCAUGAACAACCUUGUUCAGUUCAUAAAUUAUUAUUCACAUCAUGAAAUGGGCACUGUUGCUGAGAACAUCAACAAGGUGGCUAAAAGCUAAAAUUGUGAGGAAUACAGCAUUGUUGCUUUCCAUUAAAAUUAUUUCUGAUUUCUAGAAAG